AUGCCAGCCAUCCCAGUGGAAGAAAAACGACGGACGCAGGCAAUUGAACUUCAGUCCUGCAGUGUGUCCAAGUGGCUGGGUAGCACAUCUCCUGGCUACAAAAACUAUAUCUUCUACCACACUAUCCACGGCAUAUUGCUGUCUGAGAAAUUACCGACUAGUCACAACUACCUCAGACAUACUGCCAAUCGAGACCAUGUAUCCGGUAUGCUUGGGGUACUUCAACAGCUACUAUGA